AUGGAAGCGACUGAAAGUUCACUGGAACCGACUGGCCGGAACUCCUCAUGCGCAGUAUUGGAAUGUCUUGCAACUUUAGUCAAGGAGCAGGAGAAGGAAAUCUCGAAUCUUCGCUACGAGUGCAGUUCUCUUAGAGAACAGCUCGAUUCGGCAAAGGCCACAGUUUGCAAACUCCAAGCCGAAAAAGAGUCUCUGGCAUCUCGGCUUGCCGAAGAAAAAGGAAGGACGUCUGCGUUUGCCAUCGAACGUUUCAAGGACUCCGACGAAGACAUCAUGUUCUACUGUGGGUUGCCAGGAUAUGAACAUUUCGUGGCCUUGCUUCGUUUCCUAGACCCAGGAGACAAUGGGUGCAAUGUCUUGCGUGCCGAGAGCGACGGUGCGACCCAAUCUGGCAGGGGUCGUAAAAGAAAACUAAGCUCCGAGAAUGAGCUAUUUUUGGUUCUAGUGCGGCUGCGCCUUGGGUUGUUUGAGGCCGACUUAGCUGACAGGUUCUGCGUUGCACAGUCAACUGUUUCAAGAAUAUGCACUUCAUGGAUAAAUCUUAUGUACCUUAAGUUAUCCACCCUGGCUCUGUGGGCUCCCAGAGAAGUAAUCGAUGCAACUAUGCCACCUGAGUUCGCUCAGAAAUAUGCGUCGACAAGAGUGAUCUUGGACGCCACCGAGAUAAAGUGUGAAGUGCCGUCUUCUCUUUCACUUCAGUCAAGCACAUAUUCACCAUACAAGUCAUCAAACAUGUUCAAAGGUCUUAUUGAGGAAUCGCCUAAUGGGCUUGUAACCUUUGUUACGGAGCUCUUCACGGGAUCUAUCUCGGACAGGGAGUGUUCGGUGAGAAGUGGAUUCCUUGAGUUGGACUUCGAGCAGACUGAUUCUGUGAUGGCUGACAAAGGGUUUCGUAUUGAGGACUUGUUGCAAAACAAGGGCAUUAAGCUACACCUGCCCCCAUUUCUGAGAAGCAGCACAUUUUCAAAAGACGAAGUGCAAGAAACAAAAGAAAUCGCUUCGCUCAGGAUACACGUCGAACGCAGGAUACAAAGAAUCAAAGGAUAUCACAUUUUUGAUCGGCCAGUCCCCCUCACUUUGGCACCGGUAGUCAAUCAGAUUUGGACUGUAACAGCUAUCCUGACAAAUUUUCAAUCGCCUCUAAUUCAACACUAA